AUGUGCUCUGCCGGUCUUCAUGCAUGACUAUAAAUAUGUGUCACCGGUCAUGAAACGAACUAAGCAGGCAAGGACACAACGACCAUCUCCAUCCUUCCCUUCAUUCCUCUACCGGGGCUCAAGGAGGAGCAAGAGGAAGAGGGGAAAACUUGCUUGACACAAUGGCGGGAGGUCAGCUCCACGUCCUGGCCACUCUCGACCAGGCCAAGACGCAGUGGUACCAUUUCAUGACCAUCGUCAUCGCCGGCAUGGGCUUCUUCACCGACGCCUACGACCUUUUCUGCAUCUCGCUCGUCACCAAGCUCCUCGGCCGCCUCUACUACACGGAUCCGACCCACAAGGACCCCGGCAGUCUCCCGCCCAACGUGUCGGCCGCCGUGAACGGCGUCGCCCUAUGCGGCACGCUCGCGGGGCAGCUCUUCUUCGGAUGGCUCGGCGACAAGCUCGGCCGCAAGAGCGUCUACGGCUUCACCCUGAUCCUCAUGGUCGUCUGCUCCAUCGCGUCUGGCCUCUCGAUCGGGCAGACGCCCAAUGCCGUCAUAGGGACGCUCUGCUUCUUCCGUUUCUGGCUUGGCUUCGGCAUCGGCGGUGACUACCCGUUGAGUGCCACCAUCAUGUCCGAGUACGCGAACAAGAAGACCCGCGGCGCCUUCAUCGCCGCCGUGUUCGCUAUGCAGGGCUUCGGCAUCCUCUUCGGCACCAUCGUUGCGCUCAUUGUCUCCGCGGCAUUCCGGAACGCUUUCCCGGCCCCAGCAUACUUUGUCGAUGCCAAGGCGUCCCUCGUGCCGGAGGCCGACUACGUGUGGCGCGUGAUCCUCAUGUUCGGCACCAUCCCGGCCGCGCUCACCUACUACUGGCGCAUGAAGAUGCCCGAGACGGCGCGGUACACGGCGCUCAUCGUCGGCAACACGAAGCAGGCCGCGGCCGACAUGGCCAAGGUGCUCAAGAAGGAUAUCGAGGAGGAGCAGGCCGACCGCCAGGUGGUCGCCUCCGAAACUUGGGGCCUCUUCUCGUCGCAGUUCCUGCGGCGCCACGGCCUCCACCUCCUGGCGACCAGUAGCACAUGGUUCUUGCUCGACAUCGCCUUCUACAGUCAGAACCUCUUCCAGAAGGACAUCUUCACCAAGGUCGGGUGGAUCCCGCCAGCGAGGACCAUGAACGCUAUCGAGGAGGUAUUCCGCAUCUCGCGCGCCCAGGCGCUGAUCGCGCUCUGCGGCACCAUCCCGGGCUACUGGUUCACCGUCGCCCUCAUCGACGUCGUGGGCAGGUUCUGGAUCCAGAUCAUGGGCUUCUUCAUGAUGACCGUGUUUAUGAUCGCGCUCGGGGCGCCGUACGAGCACUGGACGAAACCGUCCAACCACACCGGCUUCGUCGUGCUCUACGGGCUCACCUUUUUCUUCGCUAACUUCGGGCCCAACAGCACCACCUUCAUCGUUCCGGCCGAGAUCUUCCCGGCGAGGCUCCGGUCCACGUGCCACGGCAUCUCCGCCGCGGCCGGCAAGGCUGGCGCCAUCAUCGGCGCGUUCGGGUUCCUGUACGCGGCGCAGGACCCCAAGAAGCCCGACGCGGGGUACUCGCCAGGAAUUGGAAUCCGCAAUGCGCUGUUCGUGCUCGCCGUCACAAACUUCCUGGGCAUGCUCAUGUCGCUGUUCGUGCCGGAGUCCAAGGGCAUGUCGCUUGAGGAGCUCUCCAAGGAGAACGUUGGCGACGACGACAAUAUCUAGAGAUGUGCGUGCUUGCAUGGCUUUGUUUGCUUUAUUAUAUUUCUGCUGUUGACGUGUGGUUGCCUCCGAACCUGUUGUGUUGCGGAGAUUGCUUACCACGAUUACCUCGUGGUUGUUGUGUCGCUUGAGGUUUGCGUGGCUUUCUGAAACUACUUGUAUACUGCAGUUGGGUUUGUGGUGGUGUUUGUCUUUUAUUUUUCACCGGCGUUCUCAAGAAGCACAUAACUCGUGGUUGGUUCUCA